AUGAAUCCAUUUUUAUUUAAUAUAUUAGUAUUUGUUUCGUUAUACUUAUCAUAUCGAUAUCUACUUAAUCCCAACUUAGUUACCAUGGCUGAACAACAAUCAAACCAAGAUCAACAAAAUCUUAAUGCUGCUUUAAAGGAUUUCACCCCUGAAGACUUGAAAAAUUUAGAUCCUGAAAAUCUUAUCGUCAAUAUGAAUGGUAGACAAGUUCCUUUCAGUCAAAUCAAUAAACCUCAUAACGUUGUUCUUAAUCCAGGUCAACAUAAACCAAAGAUUGAUGUGGCCUCAUUCCCUGAUCUUGAACCUGCUGCUAAAGAACGUGAAGCUGAAUUGGCUGCUGCAAGAGAAGCAAAGAAAAAAGAAUAA